AUGCUGACAGGAGAAUCCGAUCGCAGAUCCCACAUAGACCACGAACAGUCAUGCCCAUGCGAAAACUGUUACAAAGCUGGCGUUGAGUGCGUGCCUGCAACAUCGAAUAGAGGACGAACACGAAGGCAAUCGCGCCCACAGCAAGCCGAGAGUGGCCUGGAGUCAUUCGGGUUCCCGCACAGUCGAGUGCACUUUCCUGCAUCAGACCAAGUCGAUUCACGCCUCUCGGACCAAGUUGACUUGCACCUGUCGGAUCGCACAUUCGCAAGCGUCUCACCUACAGCGAGUCUCGGAGGAGCAGGUGAACGUCGCGGUGGUACUGACAUUGAUGGUAUCAUUUCUGCUGGCGACCUUCAUGGCACUGCAGACAUAUUGAAUUUUGUUCAGAGCAUCACUGGCGCUUCUACUGCCGCGGACUCCCCAAACGGCAGGCUGAAUGUCUACUCUAAACUGGCCAGUCCGCAUGUGCAAGCCGCGCUGGAUCCUGUGACGCCUUGCUCGGAAUACUUUCUUAUCUCGUCUGGUCAGUUGACCUUUCCAGAGCUGGCACGACUCCUCGAACGAUUUGCUGAGGUGUAUUGUCCCUACUAUCCAAUCAUUCCACGGAAGGCACUAUGCCGGGAGAAUUUAGCGAACAUGGCGAAUUGCGAGCCUGUUCUUCUUACGGCGAUGAUAACAAUAGCCGCACAGGACAUUCGUGGAGCUAACGAUCGUAUACUACAGAGCUGCUCCCAGUACAUGCAAAUCUUGUUGGGUGAGAUAAUGUUAGGUAUACGAUGCAAAGUGGACGCUCUCGAGGCUACACUCUUAUUAGCAGAAUGGGAACCUCAAUACUCCCUCCUGGACUCUACAGCCAGAAGAUGCGGUGGCGAAGACACUGCUGCGUUUAUGCAUAUUGGUCUGGCACUUCGAAUAGCUUCCUUCUUGGACCUGGAGCAGGCUUUUCCCGAAGAGUCUAAAAAACCAGCGGAUCAAAUUACAAGGGAGGCUUUGGCUUAUGUCGCUUGCUUCUUGUCCGACCGCCAGAUCUCUAUUCGUACAGGCCGACAGUUUGGCUUUCACGGCACAACUCCGGCAUUUUUGGCCCGACUGCUUCUGUUUGCAGACACUCACCGAAGGAAUGUGAAAUGCAAAACGAGCAACGCUGAUCAAGCUAAGAUACUGGAAGCACGCCUAGAGCUUACCUCAAUCUAUAGCGAGGUGCAUCAACAUCUCUAUCGUGGACAGAUCGAUGCCAGCAGGACGUUGCAGGACCAGAUAUGCGACCCCCGGCUCAAUGAGUUUCGAACAGCCAUGACUGCAUGGAAGACUAAGUGGGGCGGUGUUGAUUACCCAACACAAGUGAAGAUCCAGCUGGACUUGUCGUUUGAGUAUUUAAGACUGUACGCAAAUGCUUUCGUUUUUCGCGACAGGGCUGGGAAUCAUGAUAGUUGCUCUAUCGAUCAAACUGCGUCCGGACUUUCGUCUACAGACGACUUCUUCUUGCAGUCUCUGGACGCUGCAAAAACGUUCCUCGCCAUUUUAAACAAUCACAUACCCCCCGGAAACCCUUUCAAUUAUUUACCUAUCCGAUUCCUUCUUUACGCUGUCAAUUGUGCUGUGCUUCUAUAUAAGAUCCUCACCCUGAAGAUCGUCCCGCAGCAGGAGAUCGUGCGCGUGCACGUACUAGUACGGGCAACCAUAAAAAGGUUGAAGCAAAGCAGCCUACGUCCGAGUGAUCUAGCGUCGCACUACGGUCAUCUACUCGAUUUUCUGUGGUCGACAGAGAGAUAUAGGCUGAACCCGGAUCCUGACUUAAGUUCAACCUCCGAACCCUUUCCAACCAGACGAUCCGAUGUGGAUGUAGAUCUCGAAAACACGUCUAGUUUUGUAUCAGGAGAUACCACGGGCGUAGAUCUAGUCUACUCGAGCCAACAUCAGUACCGUCAGGACCGUCCGGACCAGAACCCAGACCUCAAUUAUGACAUUUUGCAGCAGCUCACAGCGCACGAUCCUGCAUGGGAGAAUCUAUUGUUUGGCGACAAUCUAGCAGAAGACACAACUCACUAG